AUGAUCGCCGAUCUCGCCGCCAUCAACCCGGCCUACCUCCUCCUCGCCGCGGUUGCCGCCUACUACAUCGUCCCCUACCUCAAGAGAUGGCAUCUGCGCUCCAUUCCCACCCCCAGUGUCGCCGGGUUCACCAACCUCUGGUUGCUGAUCCAGGCCCGUAGGGGGAACCGCUUCGAGGUCGUCGACAACCUCCAUAAGAAGCACGGUAAACUCGUCCGUCUCGCUCCUCGUCAUGUCUCCAUCGCCGAUGAUGCCGCGAUCAACGCCAUCUACGGCCACGGAAACGGCUUCCUCAAGGCACUUAGUGACUUCUACGACGCCUUCGUCUCCAUCCGUCGUGGUCUGUUCAACACUCGUGACCGCGCUGAGCACACCCGCAAGCGGAAGACCGUCUCUCAUACCUUCAGUAUGAAGUCUAUCGGUCAGUUCGAGCAGUACAUCCACCACAACAUCGAGCUCUUCGUCAAGCAGUGGACGCGUCUGUCCGAGACCCAGGGGAACCCUCGCUCGGGCUAUGCCACCAUUGAUGCCCUCAACUGGUUCAACUUCCUCGCUUUCGACAUCAUUGGUGAUCUCGCUUUCGGCGCUCCCUUCGGUAUGCUCGAAAAGGGCCAGGACAUCGCGGAAAUGCGCAAGUCUGCCGACGCUGCCCCCACCUACGUUCAGGCCGUUGAAGUGCUGAACCGUCGCGGCGAAGUCUCGGCUACUCUCGGUACUCUUCCCGCUCUGAUCCCUUACGCCAAGUACAUCCCCGACCGGUUCUUCAAGGACGGUAUUCAGGCUGUCGAGAACCUAGCUGGUAUUGCGAUCGCCCGUGUCAACGAGCGCCUGCGCCCUGAAGUCAUGGCCAACAACACCCGGGUCGAUCUCCUGGCCCGUCUCAUGGAGGGUAAGGACGCAAAUGGAAACAAACUGGGCCGCGAAGAGCUCACCGCCGAGGCCCUCACCCAAUUGAUUGCGGGCUCGGACACCACCUCCAACACGGCGUGCGCCAUUCUUUACUGGUGUAUGAGUACUCCUGGUGUGAUCGACAAGCUCCACAAGGUCUUGGACGAGGCUAUUCCCGCCGAUGUUGAUGUUCCUACCCACUCCAUGGUCAAGGAUAUCCCUUACCUCCAAUGGGUGAUCUGGGAAACCAUGCGUAUCCACAGCACUUCUGCCAUGGGUCUUCCCCGUGAGAUUCCUGCCGGAUCUCCGCCGAUCAACAUCUCCGGUCAUGUUUUCUACCCGGGUGAUGUCGUUUCGGUUCCCAGCUACACCAUCCAUCGUUCUCGCGAGAUCUGGGGCCCUGACGCCGAGAAGUUCGUUCCCGAGCGCUGGGAUCCAGCCCGUCUCACCCCCCGUCAGAAGGCUGCUUUCAUCCCCUUCAGCACUGGUCCCCGCGCCUGUGUCGGCCGCAACGUUGCCGAGAUGGAGCUUCUCGUCAUGGCUGGUACCGUCUUCCGUCUCUUUGACUUUGAGAUGCAGCAGAAGGGCCCUAUGGAGACCCGCGAGGGUUUCCUCCGCAAGCCUCUGGGCUUGAUCGUUGGCAUGAAGCGUCGCACUCCCGCCUGA